AUGUUCAGGCUCAGUCGCUGCGUCUGCGGCGAGCCACUCAUCUCGCUAGCCCAACGGCGAAGUGCGAGCUUCAACACUGGCGCUUCCGGUCAGACCUCGAGCAACGUGCUUGACGAUGUCGAACGCGAACAGCUCAGGCGGUCAGCCGAGACCGGUAGCCGAGCGGGACCUUUUCCCAUGCCGCCCAGACCAGAUACUGCACGGCCACUCAAUGCGUCUGAGAGGAGGUCAUGGACGGAGCUAGGUAUAGGCGAGAAAUUGGGUCGCUUAGGCGAGCGUAGCGCGAGUCUGGUCGUCAUCCUCUUUGGCGCUGGCUUGACGACACUUGUCAUCUUCUCGCUCAGCACAGAAUUGUUCGCUACCAAUUCGCCCACACGCAUCGUCGCGCGAUGUGUCGACUUGAUCAAAGAUGACAGAGAGCUCAAUUCGAUCUUGCGCGCGCCAUAUAUCCUUCAAGGUGAAGGAGCAGGACACAGAAAUCGUCGUGUCGUCAGUGCGGUCACUACAGAUCCCCAAACAGGAGCAGAAACAAUGACGGUACGGUUCCAAAUCGUCGCGCAAGGCGUCGACCCGCGUGACCAGUCGCUUGGUUGGAUGGAGACUCUCAAACGCAAAGUCACGCGGCCACUCAUUGUCGAGCCAUCAAGUGGACGCGUGGAGGUUAUCGAGCCCGAGAUGGAGCCAGAGAGCAAGGGCGAGCGUCAGUCUUGGUGGCGAUCCUGGCUUGGUGCCAUCCUGCCCGCUGCUGCGCCUGCCCUGCCGAGACUCGUGCCCCCGCCGAAGCCGGUCUUGGGCCAAUUCAACAGCGCCGAUGCGACGGUGACCCUGCACAAGCGUACCGAUACAAAUGAAUUCACCAUCGAUUCUCUCCUUAUCGAGAUUCCCAACUCGGCACAUCAGCCGAAGCCUUAUCGCAUACAUAUCCGUACACGUGCUUGA